GCUGGCCAUGGGGUGAUUAUUAUGGGGCGAGAUGCUCAGGGAUUUAAAUCUUGGGCUGAUCCCCCGUCCUGAUGAUGGACCUGCCUUCGAUCCUCCAGUUUAGUUCGCAUUCGCAAUGAUCAGCAAGAGCUUCGCCUGGGCUUUCUUGCCCGCCCUUGCAGCUUCAGCAGCUGUCAGUAACUCUGGAUCAUCAUUCGACUAUGACGCCCUCAGCCUGCGGACCGUCGGCGCCCCAAAUACCCUGGAAUGGCGAGUCUGGCUUGAGAACAACGGCGAACCAAUCUCCUUCUGGCACGACGUCCCUCUCUAUCCCAAGGACAGCAACAAGCAAAUCAUCAACUUCGUCGUCGAGAUCCCCCGCGGCACAGACGGCAAGAUCGAGAUCCGCCGUCCAGAGCCACUCAACCCGAUCUUCCACGACGAUAAGAACGAUGCGCCGCGGUUUGUCGAAAGUGUUUGGCCAUACAAGUCGUAUCCAUUCCUGUACGGAUCUAUCCCGCAGACUUGGGAGAGCCCCAACUUCAACCACAACUUCACCAAUGAGCCUGGUGACAAUGACCCCAUGGACUUGUUUGAUAUUGGUCAGGAUGUGGGGUACACCGGCCAGGUCAAGCAGGUUAAGAUCCUUGGCGCGCUUGCUCUGAAUGAUGGGGGUGAGACUGAUUGGAAGGUUUUGGGUAUUGAUGUUGAGGAUCCCAUUGCUUCUUUGGUUGACAACUUCAAAGACGUUGAGAAGUACCGCCCCGGUUUGAUUGAAUCCUAUUACGACUGGUUCACUUACUACAAGGUCGCCCGCGGCGAUGACCUGAUUCCCAUCACAGGCGACAGAUAUGUCAACGCCACAUUCGCAGCAUCCAAGGUAAAGGAAAGUCACGGUUUCUGGCUCGACCUGGUCAAGGGCAAGGUGGAUACCGGGGAAAUCAACUACAACCAGACAUCCCGGCCAGAUAUUCCUCACAGCUUCGUUCCCAAGCAGGCCGCCACCGAUCGGUUUGACAUCCCUGCCGAGUCCGAUGAGAAGCCCGCUGCACCUAGGCCUGCCCGGUAUGACCAGUGGUUCUACCUCGACAAGGAUUUCAACCUCAUUGAGGAGAAUGUUGUUGAAUAAAGCCAUUUCGAACCGUGGCGCUUGCCUUCUGGUACAUGGCCGAUUAAGAUAUUGCAUGAUUGUACAUAGACUGACUUCCUAUCCUCGCGGGCUGGUACUACGCCUGCUGGUAAUUGUAUAAAUUCAUCUCGUU